AUGUUAUCUUUUUCUGUUUCAGCUCCUGAACUAACAAUCUCUGAUGAAUCUGGACGUCAAGUUUCUGAACGCUACUACAAAGCUGGAAGCAGCUUAGAGUUGACCUGCUUUGCAACUCAGGUGGGAAACCCGAACGAGGAGCACCCGAUCGCCUGGAAGCACGGAGAUCGCACCCUCACCGAUGGCAUCAGCUCCAACAGCUCCGCCGUCUCUGAUACGGCCACCUCAACUCUGACCAUGGCUCCACUACGCAGGGACCAUUCUGGCAACUACACUUGCUCCGUCGGCUCUUUGGCUUUCGCUACCGUCGGUGUACACGUUCUUAAUGGUAAGUUAUUGCACGAAAAUCUGCCAAAUCUUACCAUUAAUCUUAACUUUCUGAAGUAA